UAACGAAUAAAGUAUAUCCGUCACGCAUUUAUCUUUGUCAGCCGGUAACAUCGCACCUCGUGCUCUACUUCCACAAUCUACUUCUAGAAUUUUCCUUCAUCAAUUUUAUCAUAGACCGGUGCAGGGGUUAUCUGAACCACGUUUUCCGUGUUAAUUCAAAUAGAUUUUAUUAAAAACUAUACAAAAUGAGCUCUAGUAUCAAGAAAUUGGUUCCCCUGUUUGAUCGCGUGCUCAUCAAGAAAUUCGAAGCACUUUCGAAAACAAAAGGUGGAAUAGUUAUUCCAGAAAAGGCACAAGGCAAAGUACUGCAAGGAACAGUCGUCGCGGUAGGCCAAGGCUCCAGAUUGCAAGAUGGAUCAUUUGCCCCAAUUUCAGUAAAAGUAGGAGAAAAAGUACUCCUCCCAGAAUAUGGUGGCACCAAAGUAGAGUUAGAAGAAGAAAAAAGUGUAGAAUACCACUUAUAUAGGGAGUCUGACAUUUUAGCCAAAGUAGAAUAGUUUUUUGACUGAUUCCAUUUACUUUCCAAGUGAAUUAAAUGUAAAAUGUGUAUUUCCUUGAGGAAAAAACUGAUGUCUGAAUAUUUGUAGUUUUAUAAGAAGAAAAGAUCUGAAACUAAAAGUUUUCAGACUAUUGUGGAGUGAUGCUUUCAACUAUGUUCACUAUUUGUUGUUAAAAGCAUUGCUGUUUUAUGUAGUUUCCAUAGUAUUUUGUAUUGUUUUGAACUGUUAAUAUAUUAUUUGUAUUAAGAAA